AUGGGAAACAAAUUUCGGUCGUUGAUCACAGUAUUAAGCAGUAAAAUAAAUAAACAUCAAUUGUUGAAUGAUACAACUACAAAAAUUAAUAAUGUCAGCGAAAAGGCACAAGAAAAGUUGAAUGAUAUUCAGAAUACUGUUGCUACAAAAUAUAAUAUUUUUGUAAAGCGAGUUAAUGAUGAUAUAACAUUAUUUCAAAAUUCAAGUAUACCCCAAAUACAACCAAGUCCAUUGCCAAAAAAAGUUGUAAAAUGGUGGCAAUGGUACCAACAAUUAACAGGUUUUGAUAUAGUUGAAUUAACUAAACAGCAAGUGGUUAAUGCACAAAACAAAUUAUUUGAAUGUCAAGAUAAAAGAAGAACCAUGAACCGUGAAUUAAUUCUCAUCAAUGAUAAAUUAAAGGAAAUAUAUUCAGAAUUAAUUCAAACUAAAAGAGAUGAUCCAAAAUAUGUGCAAUUAACAAUAGUGGAAAAUAAAAAUCUGCAGAACCAAACAAAAAUUGUAACACAGCUUAAUUUACUAGAGAAAGAAGAAAAUUGUUAUUUUACAUUAUUAGCAACUUCCAUCAAAGAAUACCAUGAUAAUCAAAUACUACACAAUCAGAGACAAAAGUAUAUAUCUCUUAUUGCAUCUGCUAUAACAGCAAUUGUGUCGUUAAUAAGUUCAAUGAUUUACAGUAAUAGGAGAAUAAAAAAUAUUCAAAAUGUUGUGUUUGAAACGCAACAAAGAAAUGAAAACAUUUUUCAAGAUAAUAUCAAUUCUCUGCAAAUGAAUAUAAAUAGAUAUUUCUCUAAUAUUGUUAAAAUGGUAGAGAAUAAUAAUGAACGUAUAGUGAUUAAGGAAGUACCUACUAAUGUAAUUAAUGAUGCAGUUAAUGAAACAACUUAUCAAACGUGGAAACAGGUUUAUAUUAAGUUAGGAUUAUGUGUGAUUAGUAUUUAUAUGAUAAAGUUAUUAAUUAAUUAA